AUGGUAGGACCCGCCUCCGUCCCAUUCUGGCCGUACAAGGUCUUCUUCGUCUACAUCGAGCCCCUCGGCGCGCUGCUCGGUGCAUUCCUCACCGGCCUACGCCCCGACGAAUACCUACACGACCUCCUUGAUCCAUUCGCACUGCCCGAGACGAAGACAUCCACGUCGGCGUACGCCGCCCUCGGGCUGCUCGCCAACCUCUGGCUUCUCUGGUCGCUCAACGAGUACUUGGUUCUUUCAGGGACAACGGAGCUCAAGACGUGGCGCCGCCUUCUCACAGGCCUGCUCGUCGCAGACAUCGGCCAUCUCAUUGCGCUCGGAGUUUAUGGAGGACCGGGGCUGUACUGGCAGUACUGGCGUUGGAACGCCUUGGGAUGGGGAAAUAUCGCCCUCGCAUAUCUCGCUGCGAGCACGCGCAUAUGCUUCCUGCUUGGCGUUGGGAUCGACUCCAGGAAGGAGCGGCAGAAGUUAGCGUGA